AUCUCUCUUCACCUGCAGAAGGAGGUGAGCAAAUUAAUGGUUCCUUCAUUCUUUGAAUUCAUGUUAUAUAUUUGCUAACUCUGCAAGGGUGUGCCACUUCACUUUAUUACAUGUUCUCUUUUGCAGGAAGUCAGGACAGGAGCGAAGCCUAACGUCUUUGCCGUGCUAAAGAAGAUGAAGCAAAGGAAGACGCCUGAUCCUGAGACGGGGUCCGUGUGGGUUAACCCGCAAUCCGAGACCCAGUGCACGUCGUAUGUCUCCAAGUUCAAGCAGAAGUACGGCGAGGACACCAACCCAGAGGCCGAGGACUUUGACCCUGAGGUCGCGGUGCUUGCGGGAGAAGGCUUGAAGCAUGGCCGCCUAUGGUUUGGUGACGGGUGCGUCGACCCAGCGAAGGUUCCCUCUCUCCGCCAGAUCCGUCGUGGUCGUAAGAGCGGCCAGCCUGAGGUAGAGCCCCGGCCACGGGCUUCGGAUCUAGCUGUCGAGCGGUUACGGGAGGAGAUGGCAGCGAAGGAGCAGGCGGCCCAGGAGCAAAGGGCGCAGAUGGAGCAGCAGAUUCUGCAGUACCAGCAGCAGCAGACACAGAUGAUGCAGUAGAUGCAACAGCAGCAGCAGAUGAUGCAGCAGCAGCAGGCACAGAUGAGCUGGCUGAUGAGCCAGACGGCUCUGUCUUCUCCACCGGGGAGUCUUCCUCCUCCACCUUACUCCAUGCCGUGGAUGCCGCCACCGCCCACUCAUACCCCGGGGACACCUAUCACCGUCAACAACAUGAACAUCAUCCGGAGCAUGA